AUGAUAGAAUGUGCUGACGGUUACUAUGACAAGAAUUGUAGUGCCCAGUGUGGAAAUUGUCUUGAAGGAUUUUGUAAUAAGAAAGACGGAAGAUGUUUAUCUGAUUGCAAAUUGAACUGGAAAGAACCUUUAUGUCAAGAAUGUUCUGAUGGUUAUUAUGGCCAGAAUUGUAGUACCCAGUGUGGAAAUUGUCUUGAAGGAUUUUGUGACAAGAAAAAUGGAAGCUGUCUAUCUGGUUGUAAUCUUAACUGGAAAGAGCCUUUAUGUCAAGAAUGUGUUGGCGGUUACUAUGACCAGAAAUGUAGUACCCAGUGUGGAAAUUGUCGAGAAGGAUUUUGUGACAAGAAAGACGGAUCCUGUCUAUCUGGUUGCAAACUGAAAUGGAAAAAACCGUUAUGCCAAGAAUGUGUUGACGGAUUUUAUGACGAAGACUGCAGUAGACAAUGCGGAUAUUGUCUUGGAGGAGUUUGUGACAAGACAAAUGGAACUUGUAUUAGUGGAUGUACAGCAAACUGGAGGGAACCUUUGUGUCAAGAAUGUAUUGACGGAUUCUAUGACCAGAAUUGCAGCACUAAGUGUGGUGAAUGUCGAAGUAAAUUUUGUGACAAGAAAAAUGGAAGCUGCUUAAAAGGUUGCAAAAGCAACUGGAAAGAACCUUUUUGUCAGGUAUUUGCUGCAACAGUAGAGGAAGAGGAAAAUAAUGCAGCCAUAGUCGGAGGGACUGUUGCAGCCGUCUUAAUUGCAAUAUUAGCUGGAAUUUUCAUAACAAUAUUUUACAGACGGUAUAGAAACAAUGCUAGUCAAGAAGGUCUUAUGGAAAAUAAUAAACAUUUUGGAAUCAUUGGAAGAAAGGCAGAGGGAAGAAGAAACGGGAAAAACAAUCAAACAGAUGUGUUUGAUGGAUUGUGCAAUCCAGGGACAAAUCAAUCAGAUGAAGAUGGAUAUUACAAUACUGGCCAGUUCAUUACAAAUAUUAAUAUAGGGGAUCUACGGAACGUUAUCAACGAAAAGAGCACGGGAGAGAAUAGUCAAUUUCUUCAAGAAUACAAGAGACUUCCUCCAGCGAAUCUGAACAUUUGUGAAAGUGCCAAAAAGACGGAAAACGUUGCAAAGAACCGGUUUAAAACAACAUUUCCUUAUGACCAUUCCAGGAUCAUUCUUAAGGAAAUCUGGACAGACCCUGACAAUGAUUACAUCAACGCCAACUUUAUUUCGGAUUGCAAAGGAGAAAAUCGCUAUAUUGCAGCUCAAGGGCCUAAAAACAACACAUUGAAAGAUUUUUGGAGAAUGAUUUGGCAAGAAGACAUUAAAGAUAUUAUCAUGCUGACUAACAUAGUAGAAAAAGGAAAGCACAAGUGCACCCAAUAUUGGCCAAAUAACGAUAAUUCAAUACAAAUUGGUCCAUGUAAUAUAUCUCUAUUGGAGGAAAUAGUGUAUGCAUUCCAUACAUUGCGAAAACUUUCGGUAGAAAGAAAACAACCCUACAGUAGGAGAGUCAUUACGCAGUAUCACUACACCGCCUGGCCAGACCACGGUACACCAGAGGAAGUGGCACUUGUUCAGUUCCACAGAUUUGUAGCCAAUAGAAUACACACAGAUGUUCCAUUACUAGUGCACUGCAGCGCUGGCGUGGGUCGUACAGGAACAUUUAUUGGACUUGAUUCACUCCUGAGACAGGGAAGAGACACUGGACUGAUCAACGUUUUCGAGUUUGUCAAACAAAUGAGAGAGAAUAGAAUGACAAUGGUUCAAACACCGGAACAGUAUGUUUUCCUGCAUGAAGCACUAACCUGUGGAUUCCAGGGUAACUCUCUUCUGUCAAAAGACGAAUUUCCGACAAAAACGGAAGCAUUGCUGAAUGACAACACACCCUUUAAUCAAAGCACAGUUUACAGAGAGUUUAAGCUUUUGCAAACAUUGAAAUCAAGCUACAACUGUGUAAAUGACAAAGACGCCAGGAAGGCUGAAAAUAUCAAUAAGAACUAUAAUGAAGACAUACUACCUGUUUCAAAGUAUCGGCCGUACCUUACAACAUAUGUGAAAGGAAGGAAUGAUUAUAUCAAUGCGGUGAUGGUACCAUCUUAUAUAAAUCCGUCUGGAUUCAUAAUAACCCAAAAACCUCUUUCAAACACUGAGGUUGAUUUGUGGAGAUUGUGUUUUGACCAUGAAGUUCACGCAUUGGUGGUGCUUAAUGCCAAAGAUGAGGCAUGUGAUUGGCUUCCGAAGAGAGGAUUGUCUAAGGCUUGUGUUCCUUACACCCUUAGAGUUGGCGCCGCCAGUAGCAAUAUCGGUGGUGUAUCACAGGACCAUCUAGCAAUUUCAAGCGAUAAGGCGAAGAAAGAAAUAGAGGUUUUCCAAAUACAUGCUGAUGAUAAUGAUGCUGUGCUCAAAGCCGCAGAACUCGUACUAGGAAAGGCGAAACAAUCGUCCUUUACUUCUGUUGUCAUAAGCAAGGACGGAGCAGGGCCAGCUGGUAUUUUCUGUGUUUUACAUAACGCCCUUCAACAGAUCAGUACGGAUGGAGAGCUUGACAUAUUUACCAUAGCCCGGCAGUUAAAGGUUAGAAGACCGGAAGUUAUCACAAAGCUGGAAGAGUACAGACGAUGUUAUCAGUUGGUGUCCCAGUCUAUUUCAACAGAAGGAAUAUAUGUCAAUAUGUGAUAAGGACACCGCUUACGUUUAUUUCUUUUUUUAAUUGUUUAUACAAACAUCAUAUAGUAUUCCAACAUAUUGCAGUAGACACU